AUGGAUAAGGCUUCAGAGUGCAAUAAUUCAGUAGUGACGAGUAAUAGGUCCUUAAAGUCGUCUACAAAGUCCGGGAAUAUCGUGAUGCAGGGUGAAACAGAUGAAGCAGGAACUCGUGCAGUGACGGCUACGAGAGAGAUUUCACCAGUGCCAUUUCCAGGCAAGUACAGCAGCAAUGAUGAAUCUAGAGAGAGCACUGAGAAUGAACCGUUGUUAGCUAGAGGUGGUGGUAAGUCAUCGCACCGUACUUUGGGCGUUGUGGCUCCGGAACCUGUGAACAACGUUAAUGGGAGCAGAAAUGAUGAUGUACAUUACUCUGACGAUGAUUCCAUGCUUCCUAGGGAUCCCAGUGAUCUCUUGUAUAGCGUGAGGAGGGAUUAUAGAAGGUUCAUUCACAAAUCGAAGACGCUUCUAAACAUUAUGGUGUUUAUCAACACCCUAUGGUUAGUGACAACAUUUAUCAGUGAUUUCUUCUUUAAUAUGAACUUCUUGCGUAAUAGAAUAACCAGUUUCCAGGACUUAACCCUCAUUUUCGUGUCAAUUAUAGCCAAUAGUUUAACGUUAUGGUUUAACAAGGUGGGGCUGCACUCAAGCUUAGAUAAGUACUUGAACGUUAUUCUCUGUGGAUUAACGUUAUUCAACUUAGGAAUAAACCUACUUGUAGGAUAUAUUCGUCAAAGAUUGGGGUUGCUUGGGAUUUGCACCUUCUUGUGGGCAGCUGUCUCCUUUGGGGUGAGUGCGAUAAUGGACCAGUAUCUUUGCGACUUCAAUAAGAAAUUCCAUCCAAAUAAUUAUGCAGAUGCUGAAGCAGAUAAUGACGACCUGAAUGAUCCAGCGCAUAAGAAGGAAACCAGUCGCCAUACAUUAACAGAAUGGGUAAGUAUUGGGUUCAGAACUACAGUUAAAGUGAUUCUUCUGCUGUAUUUCAUCUUGUUCACAUUGAACAAUAUUUUAUUUACUCUUGACUGCUUUUUGACAUCAAGGCAAGUCACACAGGCCAAAGUUUCCACAGAAGCUAAUGCGGCUAGCUAUGAUGCCUUUCAUUGGGCUGGUCCAGACCACAAUUACCAGAUCCAUCUCAAGUGCUACGGAGAUGUAUUCGGUGAAGGAGAUGAUGACGAGAAUAAGCAACCUAUCGUUUUAUUCGAACAUGGUGGUGCUGACACUGCCUUUUUAUCUGCGACCUGGAUUCAAGAGUUGUAUCAUUUGAACAGAGUACAGAGAUACUGUACGUAUGAAAGGCCUGGCUACGGUCUAUCCGAUUCUCCACCAGCUCCAAUCUCAAUCUCGAUGAUGGCGGAUGCUUUGAAACAUGUGCUUUUAAAAGAGGCCAAUAUCAAGGGCCCAUUUACCACUGUUGGAUACGACCUAGGUGGUCUAUUCACCCAGGUGUUCACUGCAAAAAAUAUUGAUCUUGUGGAUAGCAUGCUAUUGGUGGAAUCAUGGCAUCCAGAUUUAUUAUUAAAGAAUUACAUAUCCAGACUAUUACCAGGAGAUGACAAUGAUGAUCCAGAAGACCACGGAAGACUACCAGAUGAAAUUAAUAGGCAUAAUGGAUUUGUUAUCUGGUGGAAGGGUAUUCUAUCGACAUUUAACAUAAAAUUACAAACUUCAUGGAUGCUGGCGCAUCACGGUUCGAAGGAAAGAAUUUAUGGCCGUGAUAUGAUAUAUCAAGGGAAGUACUUGAGGAUUAAAUUCUUGGAAAGUGUGACAAGUUCUUUGUUGAGUUAUAAAGAUGUCCUUAACUCUCUGGAUAAUUUGAAAGAAGUUAAAAUGAGUGUCAUCAGUAGCAACGAAUUGAUCAAAAAGUCUCCACAAUGGGGCAACUGGCAAAGAGAACUAUCAAAAAUUUCAACUAAGACUCAAGAGUGGAAGAUUGUUGAUGGUGGCCAUCAAAUUUACAAAUAUGGCUUAGGUAAACAACAAGCCCAAGACGUUCUCUUAAGAUUAAUCGAUGAAAAAGACAGAUAUUGA